UGCCAGUUAGUCGACUUUCUCCCGCCUGUGAGCAAAGUGCACCUGGAAACUAUAUUUAUAUAUAUUAUCACUUUUAUUUCUUUAGUUCACUAUGUCCAUCAGUCGGAAGAACUGGUCGGCUCUGUCCAGCCUGGCACGCCAGAUGACGAUGGAGGACGAUGAGGAGGUGGAGAGGGAGAGGAGGAGGAGGGUAAAGAGCACCAGCAGUCCCGCCGACCCAGAAGCACCUCGAGACGCGCCCACCAGCGACAGCCCCUUUGGGACAGACUCCACAAGUGAGACGUCCCAGGGCCUCAGCAGCGGGGAGCAAACCCAGCUGGACUUUGUGGAGAUGCUGCGGGUUCGUGAUGAAAAGCGAAGGAUGAGACACGUGGAGACACUGAGGCGACAGAAGGAGGAAGAGGAGGAUGAAGCAGAAGCUAACAUCGGAGGAGGAAGAGGAGGAGGAGGAGAGGCCAGGGUGGAGCUCCUCUGGGAUGCGAAUGAGGAGCCGAGCAACGUGUGUCUCCCUGUGAGAAGCACAUCCAAACCACAACCACUCCCAAAACCAGCCCCUGACAGUCCCAGCAUCAGCAACACCAGCAUUGACAUCCCCAACAGACAACAUGAAAAUGGCCAGUCGCCGAGGGAAGACCCUGAUCCUACACCGGCGUCCACCCGACGUCGCAAGUUUGUCAGUUCUGUGUCCAUCUCACUCGACAAGAGUCCCUCCAUCAGUGGGCGCACCACUCCCAUGAGCCCUUGCUCCCCGACAGCCCUCCGGUCACCUCGAGAACACUGGCCCUCACCCUGUCAGAGUCCCUCACCCACGGGAGCUCAGGGCCCCACUCAGGAGGCAAACAAGGAUGACUCUUUCUCCAACGGCAACUCUGAACAGAAGACCAAAUCUCCUUUGGUCAGACAGAGUUCCAGGACUAUAUCUUUCAGGAUGAUGAGGAAGAAAGAAGAAGAUAGUUCACCCUUGCAGAGGAGUGCGAGUGUGAGGGUGGCCACCAAGAAGUUUGAAUCCAACACAGACCGAAAAGAAGAUGAAGACAAACCAUCGUCUUUCGAGAGAAACUCAAGACAGAGGAUUUCAUCCAGAUCCAUCCAGGAGAAGAUGGAAAAACUGGCCCAGGCUUCUCAGAAAUCGGACACAAUGCGAUCUCCAGAUGUGACGCAGAGGACCCUGUUCCUGCUGGAGGAGGUGUCCAGGAAGAGAGGGCUCUUUGAGAAGGAGCAGCAGGAGGCGGCUCCCGCCAGCCCUGGGGUCUCCAGACAGGGGUUUCAGAGCUACACGUCAGGAAUGUCGCACCGUAUCAACCGCUGGCUCGACAAGACCAAUCAAACUGGGCCUUCACACAGUCCCACUGACUUGAGACACGUGGACAUCAGCAGUAAGAGGAGUUUGUUUGAGAAUAAAGGAGAGGACAGUGUCUCAAAAGUCCACUCGAAAAAGUGAAGGAUGCUCAUUUAUAUUGUCCAACAGGACUGAGAAGAUGGUGAGAAGAGAUGAAGAGAGGUGGAAGAUGACUGAAUGACUUCUUCAAGCUUUAUAUGUUGUUUUGUUCUUCACUAAAGAACACAUGAGGGAGACAGGAAUUUAAAGUGAACUGAGUCGCAGCUUCACAGGACUGAAAAAAGAAGGAAUCUGCUUUUAAAGAUAGGCGUCAUGCUUUUUUGAACAGUGACUUUUAAAGUAUAAAUUUUAACAUUGAAUUAAAAUCGUAAGAGUCGGGAAACGGAGUAAAAGAGGAUGAGAAAAGAAAAAAGGGGCAGUGAUGUAUUUGUUCUAUUUGCUGUAACUUUCUCUAGUUUUUCAAGCACUUUAAACAGGUGAAGGUUUUAAAGCAAAUGAUGUUUAUUGAAUUACACUUGUAGGAACUUUAUCUGAUCUGCCAAAACAUAAUAUCCAUUGUGUUUGUGUGCCCUUCAGGGCAGGAUGGUGUCUGUCUAAGUAAUAAAAUGUUUUACUACA